UUAAGUACGCGGCUUCCAUCAAUUGCUACUUUUUAAAUAUCUAUAUAAUCACAAGGGGGAUGCUUCUUCUUGCCUUCCAUUUCAGAGAGUCGGUGGGAAGCCAUCAAUGCCUAAGAUGUUUGGUGGUAGCUCAGAUCUCCCUCAGAAGUCCUUCCGAAUUAAGCAAGAUGACAAGUUCUUUUCUAGGCUUCUCUCCAAGGAAACCUCCGUGGAUAACUCUUCCUUUCGUGUAGAUUAUGGUGGAGUUACAGUUGCAGUUCCAUUCAUGUGGGAGUCACAGCCAGGUACCCCUAAGUAUUCCUUGAGCGAAAGUACUCUCCCUCCACUCACUCCUCCUCCUUCAUACUAUUCAUCUUCUAACAAAAAGCCCAUCAACAAGCUCUACUCGAGAUCCAAUCUCUUGCACUUUCUCUUCUCAAGAAUCAAACCCAAGAAAACCAAUAAUGCUGUCUCUACUUCUUCAGCUCUAUCGCAUACUCCAUCAUCUGCUUCAUGGUCUUCACUCAAUUCUUCCAGUUUUCUUCCAUCUACUCCUACAAAGUAUCACCAAGGAAGCAGGUUUUCUAGCCCUGGGUCAUCGUUUGAUUCAAGGGCAUAUGAUGAAGAAGCAGCCGUUGGACCACCAUCCCCUACUUCAAAGUAUUUGUGUUUUGGAGCUAGUAGAGAUGGGCUUAAAGGAUGCUACGCUUGGUAGUAAAAAUAUCUGGAUUUGGUCAUGGAUCUGAGUGGCCUAGGUGAAAAAAAAAAUCUCUUCCUGUUUGUCCCCUUUUUUUUUGGGAGUUUUCCUUCUUCUUCUAUGGUAUUGUACGUUAAACAUUGCUCGAUCUUAUUCUGGUGUAUCUAAAUUGUCAGUCUUUACAGCUUC